AUGAUAAAACUUGAAGCAUUCAUAGGCGAUAGUGAUAUCGCCACCCCAGCUGGCAUAGAAGAUGUUUGCCAAAGGAUAUCUGCAAAAGAGCUUAAAAUCGAUGCACGACUCGAGGAGAUUCUUUCGCAACAAUGCCAACUGGAGGCUAAAAUGCGCAAUAUAGGUGUAGCUCUUAGCGGACUUAGUGUGGUAUCGGACAAGAGCCGGCACCUUUCGGAAAUGAUCAAUCACACUGCUACAUUGGCCGAAAACGUGAGCGCAAAAGUGAGACGACUAGACGAAGCGAGGAGUCGCGUUUCUGAAUGUCAGCAAAGAGUGCAUGAUCUAAUUGAUCUACAACUAUGCAGCCAGGGCGUAACGAGUGCGAUCCGCGAGGAAGAUUUUGAACAAGGUGCCGCACAUGUGAACCGAUUUCUUGCCAUGGACAAAACGCUUCUCCAAAAAACGGCUGAUGAUGUAAGUGGGUCCAUAACGUCGGUCAGUAAGGCGGUGUCGACACUGGAAGAAGCCACAGUGCAAAUUCAGCAGAUGAUAAACCAAAAAUUCGACGAGGCAGUCAAACGCGAUGAUCUUGCAUCAGUGGAACGAUUCUUCAAAAUCUUCCCCUUGCUCGGAAUGCACGAUGAGGGGCUGGAGAAAUUUAUGACAUACAUCUGUGGCAAGCUGCAGAGCAAAGCCGUUAAGGAGUUGCGUUCUUCGAUGGACAUCGCGAAAGCGGAGAAGCGCACGGCGGUAGCGUAUGCUGAUACGCUAACGAUUUUGCUGGAGAAUAUCGCUCGAGUGAUUGAGGUAAAUCAGGCGAUCAUCGAAAAUUGCUACGGUCCGGGCAGGUUGGUACAAAUCUGCCGUAUACUGCAACGGGAGUGCGAUGACGAGGUGACGAAAUGCGUUCAGGAGUUCAACCGUAAUCGCCAGACAGGACGAAGGGUUGCCCAAAUUAACGAUUACAUCAAAAAUGCCGGCAACAGCUCUGCAAUAGGUCACUACAGGAAAGCAUCCGGUGGUGGUUCGAUCGAUAAGUUGAACGCGAAAGACAUCGACAGCUUAAUUGGAGAAAUCACCAUCAUGCACUCGCGGGCAGAAUUAUACGUAAAGUUUAUCAAAAGAAGAUGUACCAAUGAUUUAGAAAAAAGUUCGCUCGCCCAAGAUGUUAAAGAGCAACGGCUCACGGAACUGCAAUCGCUUUUGCAAAAGUCUCGCCUUAAUACACAAAUGCAGGAGCUGUUGGGAACAUAUUUGCUUUUUGAGCGCUAUUUCAUGGAAGAAAGCGUCCUCAAGGCGAUCGGACUAGACAAACUCGAGGAUGGGCAGCAAUGUUCCAGUAUGUUAGACGAUGUCUUCUUCAUCGUACGCAAAUGCAUUCGUCGAUCAAACGGCACGCAAUCUCUGGAUGGCGUGUGUGCGGUAAUCAACAAUGCAGCUAGCUGCCUUGAAGAAGAUUUUCUGAAAGCCUUGAAGGCGCCUUUGAAAGCCGGCUAUCCAACCGGUUACAUCGAUCUGGCCCAAGCAUAUAAUGCAUUCCAGAGUUCCAUUCAACAGGGUCGCCUGCAAACAAGCGACACUGAUCAGGCACGUGGACGGUUUGUUGCUGCGCUGAAUAACGCCGACAUGUCGACAGAGUUUAUUGAAACGUUGUGGAAAAUGAUGACGGAAGAAACGGAGGUCACGUUCCCAGCGAUGAGUUCAAGGGAGAAGGAAAAAUUGGACAGCUGUCUUGGUGGAUUGAAGUCUGUCGGGGAUUCACUAAAAGCACUUAUUGACUUUGGCUUUCAGCAGCUCCGAUCUUCUGCUAUCAAACCACGGCUGCACCCGUGGGUCGAUCAAUUUUUGACCCACAACCACAACCUAACGGAAGAGGAGUUAGCCUCGUAUGAGGCGAGCGAAACAUUCGUUCAGUUUCUUAUUGUACAAAUCGAUGGGCUACUGAAUUCGUUCAAGGUAGCUCUUACGCCGCGCAAUUAUGACGCAUUGGUCAGCAUUGUGACUACAGAAAUUACAGCACGCAUGGAACGGGCUAUCAAGAAAACGACGUUCAAUCGGCUGGGAGGAUUGGUGCUCGAUCAGGAGGUUCGAGCACUUGCUUCCUUUCUGACCGGUGCCACUUCGUGGUCGGUGAGAGACAAGCUGGCAAAGUUGCUACAAAUGGGAACGAUCCUUAAUUUGGAAACCGUGUCCGAGCUACCAGAGUAUUGGGAGUCCUCGUCUGCCAGCUGGCGAUUGACGGCCAACGAAGCACGUUCCAUAUUAGCGCUUAGGAUCGACUUCAAAAUGGAGGAUAUCAAGAAGAUUAAAUUGUAA